AUGACCAUUUACGUCUACAUCACAAGUUCAAUUUCCUCAUUAACGAUAAUAGAAAAAAGAGGAAACGGAUUAUUGAAAGCUAUGGAACAAACAUCUGCCUUUCCUAAUCAGCAACCGCAGCAGAAAGUCUCAAGCAACUCUGUCCAUAUAAAGAUUUCGGACGAAGAGCUUCAAGGCGAGUGUUUCAAACUUGCAUUCAUCCUCUCUAUACUCUCAUGUUGCUGCUGCUGGUGUAUCGGCGUACCAGCAAUUUAUCUUGCAAAAAAGGCACAGGAUAAUUUCAAAUAUGGGUUCGGUGAAAGGUCAAACGUUCUUCUGACGUACUCGUAUAUAUUGUCUGCGUUAGGUAUUUACAUGGGCAUGGUGUUGCUUGGCAUACGAAUCAUCAAUGAAUAUGACUACGAAUGA